AUGAGAUGCUGGCCUAUUGCAGAUCGGACGUGGACAUUCUUCGCGCCGUUGCUGCCUGGAGUUUCGAGCCCAGUUUUUGGAUGUGGCGAAUGUGUGGAUCCAUUCCAAUACGUGACCAUUGCGUCAGCCUGUAUGGCAACGUAUCGGAGUGGCCACAUUCAACCCGACACGAUUGCCAUGGUGCCUACACACGGCUACAUCAACUCAACGAAUUACAGCCCUGAUUCGAUCCGAUGGUUGGACUUUGUUGCUGCUUCGGAAGGCCUACAGAUUCAACAUGCGUUGAACGGUUCCGGAGAGCACAGAGUCGCCGGAAUCUCGGUAGACGGAUUCUGCCAAGAAACACAAACCGUCUAUCAGUUUCAGGGCUGUUUCUUUCACGGAUGUAGUUCGUGUUACGAUGGUGAUAUCAUACAUCCACUGAAAGGGGUUUCCAUGGCAACGUUAAGAGAAAAGACAGAAGAGACGACAAGAAAGCUUCGCACCCAGGGUUUCCACGUCAUCGAAAUGUGGGAGCAUGAAUUUCAAAGAGAGAAGGAGGAAAAUCCAGAUCUCCAAGCUUUCCUGGAGAGCAACACCAUCUGA